UCAACGUGAAAAGAAAAAUCACGUUUAAGUCUUUAUAAAAAACAGAUUUUAUUUUAUAAUAUGUAUGUUUUUCAUUAAAAAAUACACUUAUACUCAAUUCAGCUAUGUAUGCGUAAGAAUAAUUCACUAGUUUCAUUGCAUGUAUUUUGAAAUGAGGAGUCACAAAAUAAAUUUUUUUUUUUUUUUACUUCACAUAAAGAUUAUUUUUUAAAGAUUUUAAAAAUGAGUAAAUGUGAAAUGUUAAACUUAAAAGUACAUUUUACAUUAAAAAAAUGUUCUCAUGUUUAUUAUUUUACAAUCAUCUUAAUGAUAUUUUUUGUAAACUUCAGUAAUGUAUCCGGAUCACGAGGAUUAAAUAAACAUAUGAAUAAAGAUAAAAAGCUUAUUAGUUGUUUUUUUGGAUCAUCGGUGAACGAAGAUGAAGAAUGUUCAAAAAAAAAUGAAAAAUUUUCAAGAUCUAACCAAUUUCUCUCUAAGACAGCAGAUGAAAAAAAAUCACCAGACGAACUUGGUUGGGUUAAACCAUACUAUCCAGACAAUGAAUCAUUAAUAUCUCAAGAAUGGAUACAAUCAAAUGUUAUGGAUGAUAUUAUUAAUUAUUUGAUUAUAUCUAACGAAAAAGAAAAUUCUGUCGAUUACAUUCCAUCAGGCAUAUAUUCAUUUUUUUUGAUUAAAGACUAUUCAAUUUUAAAAAAUAUUUCUUCAUUAUCUGAUAUUCUAAAAAAAGAUAUGAUAAUAAUAAGCAUAAAUACAGAUCCCUUGAAUGGCUGUCAUUGGAUUUUAGGAAUUAUUCACAUUAAACAGAAAAAGAUAAUUAUUUUAGAUUCAUUUCUUAUUAUGAAAUCCGACUUAACAAUACAUUUUAGUACUUUAUUAAGAAUGUUGUUUUUAUUUUACACUAUCUCAAGCUAUUGCAAUGGAACAGAUUUUAUGUUAAAUAUUAAUGAAUGGGAAUUAGUUAAAGCUUCUAACGCAUUACAACAAAAAAAUAAUUACGAUUGCGGAUUAUUUGUUUGCUUACAUGCAUUAAGUUUCUUAACUGAUCAAAAUUUCGAACAUAUUUCUACUGAAUUCGAUAGACAUUGGUUGUUGGAACAAUUUAAUAAUUACACUGACUUAAAAAAAAAUAAAAGUUCAACUACGACUGAUUUAAAUGAAAAAAAUAAUUUAACCGAUGAAGAAAUAACAUUAAUUGAAAAAAGAUACCUGGAAGAAAUUAAAGUAAUGAACAAUGAAUUCUCUUUUAAAAUAUAUGCACUUCAUGUUGCCAAUCUAAAAGAAAAUAUAAAUUUAUGAUUAUUAUACCUAUGUAGACCAUUUGAAGAAUAAUUUGUGUUUGCAAUAGAAUUAUAAUUAUCAUUAUUAACAGCACAAACAUUAAACUCCAUUUUUAUGCUAUCAUUGAUCUUAAACUGAAAUAUCUUGAAGUUUAGGUGCAUUUAUCAUUAAGUCGCAUUAUCUUUGAGAAAUUAUUUUUAAUAAUACUAAUUUUAUAAAUGAUUUAAA